AUGAAGUUCACUUUCGCUACUAUUGUCAUUCCUUACAUCUUCCACAGCGCUCUGGCAGCGCCUACUAGAAUUGAGCGUGCCCUCGACGAGCGUAGACCCGUGGAGAGGGGAUUUGACAUCAGAGAUGCAUAUUCUACCAAAGCUCACGACGAAUAUAUCAGGAUUGCCAACAAUGCAGAUGUCGAGGCUGGAACUCAAGUAGCUGCCGUUGAAGCCAUCAAGACUGUCGCUGCUGCCGCCACUAGCGCUGAGACCUCAGCAGCAGCGAAAGGCGACGCAAAGAAGACGGGCAAGGGCAAAGAUAAGAAGAAGGGCAAGGAUAAGAAGAAAGGAAAGGACAAGAAGAAGGGGGAAAAGGGCAAAAAGGAGGGAAAGAAAGAAGAGAAUGCGGUAGAAGCUCGCGAGGAGUCUGACACUCCUGAUACCGAGGCUGCUGCCGAAUCCACCAAGACCGUGGCCGCUGCAGCAGCUAGCACCGAGACCUCAGCGGCGGCAAAGGGCGGUGCUGCAAAGAAAGAUCAGGGUAAGAGCGAGAAGAAAGACAAGAAGAAGGAUAAGAAGAAGGGGAAGAAAGAAGGCAAGGGAAAGGACAAGAAGAAAGGGGCCAAAGCUGCGGCAGCCGAGGCGACAGCAGCUCACUGA